UCUACUUUCUCAAAAUUAAAUUAAAAAUAUUAUUAAAUAUGAUUCAAUUUUCAAAAACCUGUCUCUUUAAUUACAAGUCUUUUCGUAUUUUAUGUUUUUAUCAAGUCUUUUCGUAUUUUCAAAAACCUUCAGUAUCUAUAUAACCGUCUGUUUUCCUAUUUACUAUCAAGUUUUAUGUUUUUACAAAAUUACUGAAAAAGAAAGCUCACUCCUCUACACUUGCUUCCAUGGCUUCCUCUUUGAGUGUCACUGCCAGAAAAACUUUAGGAAGGUUCACCACGUUUCAUUUUGUUCAUAAUCAGGAGUUUGGACAUGUUGAUCCAAUAUUUUUCGCUAUUUUUGGUGACGAAUUAGGACCCGUUUGGCACUUGGAAGAUAUUGAAGGGAAUCAACAUCAGUUAAGCUUUAAUAUGGAUUUGAAUCAUCCCGUUCUCACGGAUGGUUGGUAUAGCCUACGAGUUUUUUAUAAAAUGCAACAUAUCCAUCAAAUUGUAUUUAGAUAUGUUGGCAAUUCUACCUUUCACAUCACUGUAUUCCCUAACAUGUCUACAAUAUCAACUGGUGCCAAAUUUCUUUCAAACCUAAUUCGGUUGCGAAAAAAACAUCUCUUUAGAGUCAAAUUGUUAAAAUCUCAAUGCAAAGGAAGCCAUCUGGUGAACUUUUAAUUUUAUUAUUUUGGUUAUAUAUUUUGUUUUCUUUAUAUAUUUGUAUUUGUGUUC